CUUCUCCUCAUUUUCCAGGAGUUUCUGGAGCGAUCUUAAGCAGCGCUGGAGCCGUUGUUCAGAUGGAGUGUACACAGAUCGUGUCUGCUCAGAGUCUCCAGCCUCGUCCCAUGAUCAUGACGACAGCUGGUCAGCUGCCCAGCAAACACAUCAUCCACAUCGUCAGCCAGAACAGUACCGACUACAUUAGACAGAGAGUUGUUGAAGUUCUCAAGCUCAGUGAGAAGAAUCGGUUCACUUCUGUCGCCUUUCCAGCUUUGGGAACAGGCCAGGGUGGAGUCAACCCAUCAGCUGUAGCCGACGCCAUGGUUGAUGCUGUGGUGGAGUUUGUGAGGAAGGAAACCCCCCAGUGUGUUCAGAGCGUGAAGAUCCUGAUCUUCCAGACGGAGAUGAUGUCACACUUUCACAACAGCAUGAGGAAGAGACAAGGAGAGGAGGUGCAGGAGAAGGGCUUCCUCGGAAAAAUCAAAGACACCGUCACUUCCUGGUUCAGGAGUGAGCCGGGGGAUCCCGCUGACGUUCGUCUGCAGAAGGAGGAGUUCGAUCCCGUCGUGUUCCAGCUGUGUGCCGAGAACCAACAGACUGUGAACGAGGCUAAAAAGAGGAUCACACAGCUGAUCGUGAAUGAGCAGGCGAAGAGAACCAUCACCGACCCAUACAUCAGACAGCUGUCUCAGACCCACAUGGAAGAGCUGAACAACCUUCAGAAAAGACUGACGGUAAGAAUCAACCUGGAAACAGGCCGAGAAGAGGAAGAAACCAAGAUCCAUCUGGAGGGUUUGACCCGGGACGUCUCGGAGGCUGAGGCUGAAAUCAGGGACAUCAUUCGGAAAGUUGAGAGGAGCGAGAGCUUGAAGAACAAAGCCAUCCUGGUGAGUGGACUGGUGGAGUGGCAGUACCAGAACCCCAGUGGGAGCACGGUUCCCUUUGACAUUUACAUGAACCUCAAACUGGAGGAAGCUCUGGAGAAGAAACAACAAGUGAAGAUCCAGAUCAACAACCGAGACUUUGAUGCUGAUCCAGAACAAAGAAAAGCAUCAGAUGGAAGGAACUUCAUAGAGUUACUCAGGAAAGACCUGAAAGAGCCUGAAAAUCCUCUGCCUUCACACUGGGACGACAUGAAGAAUGACAUCGUGAAGCUGGUUCCUGUGGCUGCAGGAUCGCAGGAACACACCGACGUGACGGCGAACCUCACACAGAGCGGCCUGUCUCUGACCAUCAUCUCUAUCGAGCGGGUCCAAAACUCCUGCCUGUGGCAGAGUUUCCAACUCCUGAAGAAACAGAUGGAGCACAAGAACAAGCACAGCAACAACGAGAAGGUUCUGUUUCACGGCACAUCCGCUGACUCAAUCGACUUAAUCAACACCAAGGGAUUCAACCGCAGCUACGCAGGACGAAACGGCGCAGUGUAUGGAAACGGUUCUUACUUUGCUGUGAAUCCCGCCUAUUCGGCAAAGAGCUACGCCAAACCCGACAACCAAGGGCUCAAGCGGAUGUACCAGGCCCGGGUUCUGGUCGGGGACUUCACCCAGGGCAGUUCUGGCUUGAUUGUCCCUCCUCCUAAAUCUGGGCAGUCAACUGACCUGUACGACAGCGUCACGGAUAACAAAAAUCCUCCGAGCAUGUUUGUGGUCUUCAACGACAUCCAGGCUUACCCAGAAUACCUCAUCACCUUCACCUGAGUCAGCUGAUCUGUGCUGCACCUUAAGUACAAGAAGACUGGAUUCAGAUGGUUAAAGGAUCUUUACUGUUUGGUGUUGGGAUCAAAGGGAUUUUGAAGGGUUACUAUGUUAGAGAAAAAGAGAUUUAAUCCGUUUAUGAUCAGAUCAUUGAGCCUUCACGUGGGUUUGACUAAAGAAAGAGCAGAUGUCUGACUCAGUUUUCUGUUCAACAUUAAUGAGUGUUUCUGUAUCCUGUUUCCUACUGUUCUAUGAAUCUGUCCAGGUUAAUAAAGACUCUGAUUGGACCAGA